UGUAUCGGGUGUAAGUGAUUGGUUCCUUUCACGAGGAGAUCCGUUGGUAGGCGGGUAGUCACAGGGCGGGGGCUCUAUUGAUUUAAAUUUGGUUUGCCGGUGCGCGUGUCAAUAGUCAACACAGUGCCGCGAAGAGCGCGCGCUCAGGCAUCUACUCUUUGCUGAUCGUGUUCUGCGGAUCGAAAGGUUAGGCCCUUCGCGGCGCAGUCAAUAAAGACAUGUCGACUAAUGCGAAAAACGACACGAACGAGGAUCCGGAGAAUUUGAAUGGGCCGAUUCGUUUCCAGAGUGUCGUGCCGAAGGAAAGGCAAAAGGUGCUCAAGUGGAAUGGUUGGGGAUAUAAAGACUCGGAAUUUCGUAUAAAUCAAAAGUACACCAUCGAGUUCACUGGAGACAAGUAUCCGAUUGGCAACAAGCAACUUCCGUAUUUCACACAAUGGGUAAUAAACAUGUUUGGCAUAGACCCGACCGAAAGGAAUGUGUCUCAAUCGAUGCCGACAGAUCUACCAGAACCGAUCAUUUCUUCGGAAGUAUUGGAGGCGAUUCAAGAGUUAAAUAUCGAAUAUUCGUUAAAGGGUAUAGAUCGAUUGAUUAGGGCACACGGACACACGCUUCGAGAAAUUUAUCUCCUUAAACAUGGAUCGUUCGAUCGAAUACCGGAUGUAGUUCUCUGGCCGAAGUGCCACGAAGACGUCGUAAAAAUAAUUAAAUUGUGUGCUCGAUAUGGAUCUGUCUGUAUCCCAUUCGGUGGUGGAACAAGCGUAAGCGGUGCUGCCUCCUGCCCGAAGAAUGAACGACGAACGAUAAUAUUGUUGGACACAUCGCAAAUGAAUAGAAUACUGUGGAUCGAUAGAGAAAACUUAAUUGCCUGUUGCGAGGCUGGUAUUAUCGGUCAGGACCUGGAGAAACAAUUGCGACUUCAAGGUCUGACAUCUGGCCAUGAACCUGAUUCUUACGAAUUUUCUAGUUUAGGUGGAUGGGUGGCAACGAGGGCGAGCGGCAUGAAAAAAAAUCGAUAUGGGAACAUCGAAGACCUAGUUGUAAGAGUGAGAAUGGUCACCGGCAGAACGGAGGAUCCGGACAUAACAUUGGAAAGGGGUAUAUUAGUACCAAGAGCUUCCUGCGGUCCUGACUUCGACCAUGUGAUCCUUGGUAGCGAAGGAACAUUGGGCGUCGUUACGGAAGUGGUGAUCAAAAUUAGACCAUUGCCAAAUGUAGUCAAAUACGGUAGCAUAGUUUUCCCAAAUUUCCAAGCUGGUGUGUCAGCGAUGCGUGAGGUAGCUAAGAAUCGAUGUCAGCCGACUAGUAUACGAUUGAUGGACAAUGAGCAAUUCCAGUUUGGUCAAAUGUUACGACCAAAACCCAGCUGGGGUGGUUUAAUUUUGCAAGGAUUAAAACAAGCUUACAUCACUAGGAUAAAACGUUUCAAAUGGGACCAAAUAUGUGUCGCUACUUUAUUGUUCGAAGGUAGCUCGGCUACGGAAGUGGCAGCGCAGGAACAAAUGAUUUACAAUAUCGCGAAGAAACACAAUGGUGUUCCAGCAGGGGAAACGAAUGGUGAACGAGGUUAUCUCUUAACAUUUGUCAUAGCCUAUAUCAGAGAUCUCGGUCUUGAGUACUAUAUAUUAGCUGAGUCAUUCGAGACGUCUGUUUCCUGGAAUCGUGCGCUGUCGUUGUGUAGAAAUGUGAAAUCUCGUGUUAUCAGAGAGUGUUAUUCGCGUGGUAUUGAACGAUAUCUUAUCUCUUGUCGCAUUACGCAAACUUACGAUGCCGGUUGCUGUGUGUACUUUUAUAUGGCAUUCAAUUACAAGAGCCUUCUGAACCCGAUAGAUACUUAUGAGACUAUUGAACACAUUGCCCGCCAGGAAAUUCUUGCAAAUGGUGGCUCUCUAUCUCAUCAUCAUGGUGUAGGAAAAUUACGUUCUUGCUUUUAUGCGGAUGCGGUAGGAAAAGUGGGAGUGUCCCUUUAUAGAGCGGCGAAAGCACAUUUGGAUCCUCAUAAUAUAUUCGCGGCUGGAAAUUUGGAUUCACAAUGUUUAUCGAAACUAUGAAGUGAACAGUAAUGAAAUUGUGAUAACUGGGAACUAUACUGAGAAUUAUUUUGUUUGGGAGGUUGGUUUCUAUUAAAUGGUAUUUGGUAGCAGCUAGAACAGAAGGGGAAAAAAAAGACAAUUAACAUUGCCAUUUUUGUUGAUUGAAAUGUCGUGGUGGUAUAAAGAAACAGUGGUAUAAAGAAAGAGAUUAGUAUAAUAUAAAGAACUAUGGUGUUGUUUGGUACAAAUACGGAAUUGUAAUUGUAUCGACAUUUUUAUAAGUUAUUAUAAAUAAACAAAACUUGCUUA